GGGACCUCAACCUCUGUUUCGUCCUUGCUUCUCAGAACAUUCACUUUCGUGCAGGGGCUUCCAAAUGAUGGAAGAAAAAACAGUAAGUCUUUACUUUCUAAUUAUAAAACAAUAAGUCUUUACCUUCCAAUUAUCCAUGAGGCCAUAGUAUUACUUUCCUUUCUGGGAUUCGGGAUUGACGCCUCUUUAUAGACCAAAUUCCUCUAACAGCAAAGUGAUAACUGAUGGAAUCCAAGAAGCGGUUGGGAUUGAAGCUUCCGACCCCUGUGCAAAAUCAGAGGUUACCCCUGCCAAAGCCUCUUCCACUGCCCCUUCCUCCCAUAAAGCUCUCUGAUUUCGAAAGAGUUGGGAUACUCGGACAUGGUAGCGGAGGCAUUAUCUACAAGCUCCUCCACCCUAAAUCCUCCACCUACUAUGCCCUAAAAGUCAUCCGCCUGGACCAUGAUUCCUCCCCCACUUCCCACACCAACAGGGAGAUGGACAUCCUUAGGAAAACUGAUUGUCCCAAUGUUGUCAAAUGUCACGGUAUCUUCCAUGAGGGAGAGAAUAUUAAUUUUGUAUUAGAAUAUAUGGAUGGAGGCUCCCUUGCCGGUUUAUUAAAGCACAAGAAAAGUCUGAAUGUGUACUCCCUGGCGAAUGGUGCCCGGCAAGUGAUGGAGGGAUUGAAAUACCUUCACAGCCAGAGGAUUGUACACAGAGACAUUAAGCCCUCCAAUCUCCUGACUAGAAAGAGUCCCAAGCGAAUUAAAAUUGCAGACUUUGGUGUGAGCAGAAUUCUAUCACAUACCAUAGAUCUCUGCUGCAAUUCCUAUGUGGGAACGUGUGCUUACUUGAGCCCCGAGAGAUUCGACCCACAGAGCUAUGGUGGAAGUUAUAACGGUUAUGGUGGAGAUAUUUGGAGCUUGGGAUUGACACUGUUGGAAUGCUAUUUUGGUCAUUUCCCGUUUGUAGCAGAUGGAGAGCAAGCGGAUUGGCCUACACUCAUGUGUGCCAUAUGUUUUGCAGACCCGUCUUCUGCACCCACGAGUGCAUCUGCAGAGUUUCAGAGUUUUAUCAGAUGUUGUCUUGAAAAGGACGCAGGCAAGAGAUGGACUGCCUCGCAGCUUCUGAAGCAUCCAUUCCUCAACAAAACUUCACAAUUUCAACAGCCCUGCAAUCCGUCAGUGCCCUUGCGUUCCCUCAACGCCUCGCAGACAAAUUGA